AUGCCCCGGCCAUCCGGUAUCGUCCGUUACUUGGGCAUAGCCCUGAUUAUGUUGUUUGCGCUCUGUGCUUUGAACAAUAAUGUCUACGAAAUUUCAGUCUCCAACCUCCAUCGUGGGCCUGGUGGCUACGGUGGCCGUUUCUACAAAGGGGCCAAGACUCAUCCGAUUGACAGCCUGAUAUUCAACGCCCAACACAAGUUUGCCGAACUCCUUCGCAAGGAAACAAGGACCGUCGAAGACGCCGCCCAAGCAUAUCGCAAACGCCGCGGCCGCCAUCCACCACCCGGCUUCCAGAAAUGGUUCGAGUUCGCCCAGGCCAGAGGCGCCGUCAUUGUCGAAGACUUCUUCGACCAAAUCCACCACGACAUCGAGCCGUUUUGGGGCGUCGACCCGGCACGCAUGCGUAGCGAAUCCAAGCAUUUUGAGAUGACCAUCAAUGUGCGCAACGGCAAGGCCACUUCGGGCUCCGACUGGUUCUGGACUGAGAUUUGGCUCGACCUGGUCAAGAAGAUCGAACAUUUGCUGCCCGACAUGGACAUUCCCCUCAACGCCAUGGACGAGCCCCGCAUCAUUACCCCAUUCGAGGACAUACAGCACUAUAUGGCAAAGGCUGCCAAGACGAAGGGUCUCGCGGACCCUGGCAAGAUGAUUAGCGACUUCCAAUCUCCCCCGGCCGAUGGUAAUAUAGACGAUGUUGAAGUGCGCGACAAGGCGUGGGAGGGGGCAGAGACGAACCCUUUUUGGAACCUCGUCCGCCGCGGCUGCCCGCCACGGAGUCUUGCCCGCACGACACCCGUACAGACCGACUUUGACAGUACGCCCGUCUUUAACACAUCGUACGCCCUGGCGCACUCGUACGAGGGCUACGUCGUCAACAGCACGCUCUCGCGCGACGUAUGCCACCAGCCGGACAUGCAGGGCCUCGCGGGUAUCUUCAUUGAGCCGCUAACGACGCGCACAACCAAGGUACUCUUCCCGCUCUUUGGCGGCUCCAAGCUCGCCGUCAACAAUGAGAUUCUGAUUCCGGCCGCCAUGUACUACGCAGGCGAUCAGCGCUUCACCGGCGGCGACAGCCACGGCGUUGCGUGGGCCGAUAAAUCGAACCAGGUCAUCUGGCGCGGCGUUGCCACCGGCGGCCGCAAUCGCCACAACACCUGGAAGGCCUUCCAGCGGCACCGGUUCGUGGCCAUGAACAAUGCGACCAAGCUGCAGCGCGCCGAGUCAGGCAUCGAAGAGCCGGAAAACUUUGCGAUGCCCGACGAGGCCGUGUACCAGGUGCAAGCGCAGAAAGAAGGCAAGCUGGGCGACUGGGUCGGGAGCAUAACUGACGUCGGCCUGACGGACCUGAGCUGCGAGCCUGCGCAGAGGGACCUGCGCUGCUCGUACAGCGACCACGCCUACGACAUCGUCCCUGGCGUCCAGCUCGCGACCCAAUUCGACUCCAAGAUCCUGCCCGACAUUGACGGCAACUCCUAUUCCGGCCGCUACAUGGCCUUUCUGCGCUCAUCGUCGCUGCCCGUCAAGGCGACCGUCUGGCGCGAGUGGCACGACAGCCGCCUCGUCCCCUGGCUGCACUUUGUCCCCAUGGACAACCGCUUCACCGACUACUACGGCAUCCUCGACUACUUUAUGGGCGGCGGCAGCCGCCAGGGUCGCGCCGCCCGCGACGCCGCGGCGGAAAAGAUUGCGACAGAAGGCAUGAUCUGGGCAGACCGCGUUCUGCGCAAAGAAGACAUGGAGAUUUACGUCCUGCGACUGCUGCUCGAGUACGCGCGCCUGCUCGACGACCGCAGGGAAACGCUGGGCUGGGUCCAAGACGUACUGGCCAAGCCCGCCCUGAGGAAGAAAUGGGGGAAUUGGUAG